CCUCCAUGUAAACAGAACCGCCGCUCGCUGCGCCUUUUACGCGCUUUAAAAAGUGUUUGCAAACUGCAGUCCAGCUGUCAGCAGCUGUCCGACCGGCUCCGGCUCACGCUCUCCGUUCCAGCGGUUUUCAUGAGUUAAUCAGCACGUGACGUUAAUUUUGGGCCGUUAAUUACCCGGGGGCGCGCCGAGCGUCACUUUGGAGGAGUUCCCGGACCACCGGGGCCUCUUCGGGAGAUUUACAGGCGAGAUCGAGUCCUGACACACGGCCGUUAAUCAUCAGAGCCCCGCUGCUCCCGGAGGGCGUGUGUGUGAGAGAGUGAGUGAGUGAGUGAGUGAGUGUGUGUUAGAGUCAGCCGCAGGACUCUGUCGCCUCACACACAAGACGUGGACACUCCGAUCCAGUCCUGGUUCUGGCCCCCCCACCGGAACAUCCAGCUGGAAAACCCCGACUGAUCCGUCCCCACCGGACACACACCUCUCAGACCCGCGAGACCUGCUGCCAAUGGCAUCCUUCAUCUCCAUCCUGCUCUUCCUCUUCACCGUGUUGGGCGGGACUUCACCUGCUGUCAGUCAAUCCAGCGGUCCAACAGAGCCCAUGUGUUAUGACUGGGGCGAGUCCAGUGAGGGGUCGGUCUUUGUCGUGGAGGGGGAGGUCGGUUGGCUGUCCUGCCCUCUUUUCUCUCAUCCCUCCGUCUACAACUACACCUCCACCCAGAGCGCCGGGCACAACCUCUUCUGGUACCACCUCCCCGAGGGCCAGGACCUGGAGCAGCCAAUCACAUACAGCUCGCGGCUCAGCAAAGACCGAGAGAGACUGUGGCUGCAGCCGACCACCGCCAGCGACACCGGACAGUACAUCUGCAUGCUGCGUAACAAGUCAUCCUGCAGUAAGAUCGGCAUUCGCCUCACAGUGUUGCGUCCAGAUGACGCUACCCGUGGUGUGAAAUGUGCGCUUCCAGUUGCCGUGGCACCGACUGAGAAGAUAGUCCCUUUGCAGAAGGGGGCGACACUGGACUGCCCAGACCUGCAGGAUGCCAUCAAGAUGUCAGAGAGCAAGCCAGAAGUCCAGUGGUACUUUGCAUCUGCAUUAAAAAAUGUUGAGACGUGUGAUUUGUAUUCGUCCUGGAGGGGCUACAGGGAGCUGAAGGAAAACAGUCUGCUGAUCCACGUCAUGCAGGAAGAACAUCAGGGUAUAUAUUACUGCAGAGUCCAGUACCAGAGGAGGAACCAAACCCUCAACUUCACCAGGAGCAUCAACGUCUCUGCCAUCUUACCACUUUCACUACCCAAACAACCCAGCAUCAUGAACCCAACAAAUGACCAGAUCUUCACUGUCAAAACAGGCAAGGAGGUGCGUCUGGUGUGCCGAGGUCAUCUUCCUUUUGUCCUGAACAACCCCUCAAGGCAUAUAUGGUGGACAGUUGAUGGGCAGACACUGGACAAAUUUCCUGAUCGAUUCAGAGAAGAAAACAGGACGGUGACAGAGCACUUCAGGGACUGGACUCUAGAGAGCGUCCUUGUGAUCCAGAACUUCCAGUCUAAAGACCUGAAGCGAGAGUUUAACUGCUCCGUGAGGAACGAGAAAGGCUUCGAUACCCGCAGAGCUCAGCUGGAGGAGGAAGUGACGCUGCCGUCCGUGGAGCUGGGCUGCGGUCUCGGUGUGACUCUGCUCCUCAUGCUGCUCCUCUUUGUGGUCUAUCACGUCUUCUGGUUGGAGCUCCUGCUGCUCUAUCGCUCCUGGUUCGGCACCGACGAGCGGCACACAGAUGAUAAGGAGUACGAUGUGUAUAUUUCGUAUGCGAGGAACAGCGAGGAAGAGCAGUUUGUUCUGUCGACAUUGCGCAGAGUUCUGGAGAACGAGCUCGGGUACUCGGUGUGCAUCUUUGACCGGGACAGCCUGCCUGGAGGGACAAUCACAGAUGAGACUCUGAGUUUCGUGGCUCGCAGCCGGCGCCUCCUGGUGGUCGUCAGCCCCGGCUACGCCUCCCAGGGCUCCCAGGCUCUGCUGGAGCUGAAGGCUGGCAUUGACAACAUGGCGCUAGGAGGGCACCUGCGGGUGAUCCUGGUCCAGUACAAGCCAGUCCGGAGGCAGGGCUGGGUCAGGGAGCUGAGGAGGGCUCGGGUGGCUCUGGCACUGGUCCGAUGGCAGGGGGACAAGUCCAGAGAGCUGUCGUCCCGUUUCUGGAAGAGGCUGAGGGUGGAGUUACCUGUAAGGAGGGUUAGCAGCAGAGGGGAGGAUGAGGAGGAGAGCAGUAAGGAGGUGGGUCUGAUGAGGCUUUACAGUCAGAACAGUACAAACUCCCAAACAGGCCUCAUCAGCAACACCGUCAAAGACCCACAGCAGGUCCUGAACUCUGCAGCGUAGCAGCAUUUCUUUCAGAACAGUUACAUGUGCUUUAUUAACAGGUGCCUUUAAAAUUAUAGCUGAAGGGAGCUCAUGUUUUCUCUUAAUGAGUCAGUAGCUUUUUAAACAUUUAUGUAAUGAUGAUUUUUGAACAGAACCAAGUCAGAUUUAGUAAUUAUACAAAACAAAGUCUAAUUUUUCAUUACCGGUGCAGCGAAAAGGCUGCAGCCAUGCUAGCAGCUCUAUCAGAGUGAACGUAUUUACACCAGGAAACAUUUCCCCAUCAACAUUUCACUAGUGCUGAUUUUUCAUGUAAAAUGGCACAUUUCAGGGUCUGGGUUUAUUAGAUGGUGAACAGGUGUCCAGUUUUCCAGCCUGAUCUCCUUUCCAGGGCGUCAAAUACUGACGUUUUGCCAAAAGCACUAGCUUCUGUGCAGUGACGUGUGGGGCUUGUGCCUGUAAAGGACCCUUUGACUUUUCAUUUAAUCGCUGGCUAACUGUCAUUUAUAAAUGUGCAGGGUUACAUUUUAAUGCAAAGUGCAAUCUUUUACUAAACAUAACCACUUUCUUUCGCACCUAAUCAUAGCUGAGUAGUUCUUGGUACCUUAAUCUAACCAAGCAGCUUUUUGGUGCUUAAAUAUAACAAAGUAAUCUUGAUUGUGAUUUUGUACCUGACAAAGGCCACCCUGUGCAUGCCAGCAGUGGGAUGUACCAACAAUAUUCCAGUUACUUUAUUUAUAUAGCAAAUAAAUGAAGUAGCUCAGUUUGGUCGUUGUGCUGCCAGAUGGAAGAUUGUGUAUGUAUGAAUCAUAUUUCACAGUAAUGAUCUGACAGUUGUUGAGAGAUUUCAAUCAAAAAUGAAAAUGUGACUCUCAUAAUGGUGCUUUAGGAAAGGUCAGGGGUUCACUGACAUUUGGCACUGUCUGGAAACCAUGAUUAUUGGAACCACUUUCCAAAAGUAGAUGUUGAGACAUUUACUGUCCUUACAGCAAAGCUGCUGGCAUGGCUAAACAUGGGCCAUAUUUAACAGUUUAGACUAAUAUUGGCUAGCUUUUUUAAACGUGUUGUUUAAACAUUCGCUAGUUAAAAUGCUGAUAGCAUCCUCUAGAGGUGGGAGUAUAAAUUACAACAACAGUUGUAGUGCUAAAAAAAAAUCAUGGUGCUGCUCACUUUCCAUUAACUUUAGUAUCGGUUGCCAUUUCAUCACCUGCAGUGCCAACUCAUUAUCACUAUGUAUUUUGUGUAUUUUUAUGUUCCUUGUUUGUCCAAAGUUUAGAACUUUUAAGUUGUUUGUGCUUUCUAAGCUGAUGCUUUAUACAAGAGGUUUGGUUCAACUUCAACAUUUUUUUUUACAAAUAUGCACAAAAUAGUCUUAAAAAGAUGUAGAUCAAAUCAAUACAUAAUUAACACACUAAGAGAGUGUAGAAGUGGAUUCAAAUCUACUUCUGACAUCUUAAAUCUGUAACACGUUUAAUAUUAGGUUCAAAGGGGUUCAGUUAUUUUUUUCUGGAUAUCAUAGCCAGUGUCUGAAGACAGGACAUUUGGGCCUGUUGGUGACACUAGAGGAGAAAUGUCAUGACAACUCAAAGCUGGUAAGAUUCAUACUUGGGACCAUGAGCAUCUAUACAAAGUUCAACCAAGUCCAUGCAGUAGAUGCCAAGACAGACUGGUAGCAUUUCCAUCCCUAAAGCUGUUUGUCCUCUGUAGCUUAAAGUAUCAGUAACUUUUAGACAAAAGUUGCUCCAGAAUACAGUGUUAAAAAAAUACAUUUAUAGAACUAAUUGGAGGAAAGCUGUAUUAAAUAUCAUUUCUGGAGAGAAAUUAGGGUUUGUUUCUUUUUGUUUUGUUUUUUUCACUUCAACAGUCGAAUGUUUUUCAUAGCAAUAUCUAAUAGCUGAAGAACUGCAGUUUAAUACACGCAAUACAGUCUUGGUCUAUACUUCCUCACUGAAUCUACCCACAGCUGUCUGCAUUAAGGUCUCAGUCACACAGGCCUAGAGACCAGUUGGCAACCUCCUACAAUAGGUUGGUGAAUCAUACCUGGAGGUUGAUGGUUGUCACUUGGUGAAAUUGGUCACAAAGAGGAUGCUGCAACAAAAACCUCAUGAGUGCUUUGGUCACUAGCAGACUGCUGCAGUAACCUGUACUGCAUCUGCAUCUGAGAUACUGACUUGUCUGAAAACGCAAAGGCACCAUCUGCUUGCCAAGUGGUUUCAUUACCACUUGGACAAUAGUUGGCAAUUGUUUGCAGACAAAUUGGUGUCUUCCGAGCAAGCUAUAUGUGAUCUGUUUGUAACCAAAGCAAUCACAAAGAGGCUUUUGGUGCAGCACUGUGUACAUCUUUGCGACCAAUUUCACCUAGUGACCACAUACAUUUCUGGGCACCUGUAUGGCAGGUGACAUCUAACGUAAACAAACCCUGUAACACAAAGUGUAUCAUCACCGACAUGUUUGCACAAGUGCAAUUUGAGGAGAAAGAAGCACUUAUCAGGUCUCAGCUCAGAUAUUUGUGAAGUUUGGGUGUUUUGGCACAGACAUCUUGGGGCGUCCACUGAAGCUGAUGGAGAGAUAAAGCUGGGUGUCAUCUGCAUAGCGGAGGAGUUGCCAUAUCACUCACCUGUAGUGCUAAAUACAUUAUAGAAGAAAGCCAAGUAUGGAUUCAUGCACUGCAGAUUUUAUAUAUCAGAGAGAAUGUAUUGAGUAAAAGUAAUUUGAUAUGGUUUAAUUACUGUGCACUUUCUUUAUUUUGCACUUUUAACAUAUUUCAUAUAUCAACAAUAAAUCAACUGUGUCAUGGUAUAUUUUUCUUGCUAAAAUGUGCUGUGUUGUUUAUCUUUAACCCUGGAAAAUCAGUAUUGUAAUGGGAGAAUGCAUCCUGCACUUUGUCACGCUCUGAAUUGUGUACUUUUACAGAAUUUAAUGUUACAUAUUUGGGGUUUUUUUUUGUUGUUUUUGUCAUAAAAAGCUUUUCAUUUAAUGGCAUCUCACCAUCAUUAUUCAUUUCAGUGCAUUUUAUUUGAUGUCUUCCAUUUUCAGAAUCUCUCUCACAC